AGCUGGGCUGACAACACUUAUACUUUCAACAUGUUCAUAGAACACUAAAACCCCUCAAUUCUGACUAUAACCUCUUUAAUUUAAAUUUAAAUAGUGAGUUUAGUUAAUUGGGUUUGUAUCACAGGUGUUUACUAUUCCCUUCUUUUGUGACAUUUUUCCGUCAAUCUCUGUAACCAUCAUGACGCCAUAUACUUUUUGUCGGACCUAAUGUCACGUGAAUAUUUUAAGCAUCUAAAAUUGUUAACAUUUCCAAUUUCUGUAACGUUUCUAUUUUUUGACUAACAUUGUAGAGUAAUUAUGGUAAUGCAAACCUAAAAGGAAAUGUGUUCAACAAGUGGUUGGAUAAUAACAAUAUACUUAAGUACAACGUAAGUUGUAAUUUCAUUGACCUAAUAUUUUGACAAAAUUUUUCCCGUUUGUGUAAGGUCCUGAUAAAGCUGGCAUUCAUGAGCUGAAGCUAAAUUGAUAAAACAAUAAAUACCUACUAUUGAGCUACAGCAUAUUUUAUUGCUCAUUUUGCAUGUUCAUCAAGUGGGGCGUUCCCAGUGCUUUCACUAAUGACAUUUAUUUUCAAAUAAUUUCAAAUUGUCUUUGAUAUAUAACUUUUACGUAAAUUUUUUGUAAUCCAAAUCGUAAUUGAGACCAACAAAUACAGUAUAAUCUCCACUUUUGCGGCCAUGUGCGAAAGUAGUUAUAUAAUGGUGGUUCCCUUGAGAACAGAAUCCCUCAAAAGCACGUUUUGGAAUGGACAUCAAGCCUGCACAGAUAUCCACCCCGGGCCUAGAUCUACAAUUAUGCAAUUGUUCCACAAAAAACUGUACAUCUUUAAACAGAACUCGGAUGAAUUCGCAAAGGAUUUGUAUGCUUAUCACCCCAGUGCAUCAAUUUACAAAAAAACAAACCAGUAUCUGCAAUUUCCUAAAGGCGACGUAAGCAUGAUAGAUGCGGCUAGACAGCAAGAGGUUGAAGACUUCUACAUACUUUCUCAACUUCACCGCGAUCACUACAAAGACCAUACCGAUACAGUACAUCCAGUAGACUAUUUUCGAACUGGGACGAACCUGUAUCAGUGUUUAACAGAUCCUACUAGCGCCUAUCUUCAAUGUCCCGAAUUCUACACGCAAUACAAACAUCCUAUAGUUCUACCCUUGACUUUGGAAAGAUCUUACAAAACCUCAUCGUUGCCGAAAAGAGCCCUCACAGGUGUUUAUAAUAGGUCAAGUGUUUUCAUCAGAAGUUAAUAUAAGUUUACUGUCGAAUCU